UGGAUUCCGACACGGAGGUUGAUGAGAACGUGGAUGGUGAGGAGGAAUACGAGAAUACGGCUGAGGAGUUUUUGGAUGCCUUGGUGGAUAUUUUGGUGGAGUUACCUGUGAGUGACACGACGCAAGCAAUUCAUAUCGAGGCAGUAAAGUGUGUGAUGGCGAUAUUGAGUUCGCAGUUAUAUCACGAUAACGUGAUGAAUUCAUCGAUAUUUUUUGCGUAUCUGAUGCGAGGGAAAUGUUCGUCGCGUGCAAUGGAACUAACUAAAGCGUUGUUGACGAAUUAUUUGCAAAGAAAUACACCGUAUUUCAAGAAACGGGAGAAGGAACCGGAGAGUAUAGUGCUGGGGCUGGCG